AUGGCAUCAAGGUCCCCAGCCAAAGUCCCGUCACCAGAUUCGCGCCAAAGCGCCGCGGCGCAGAGACGCGCGAGAAAUCGAAUCUCACAGAGAUUAUUCAGAGAGCGCAAGUCUCUUUAUGUCCAGCAGCUGGAGUCACGAUUGGCAGAUGCGUCACGGAGUGAUGACAGCCGGCUCCAAGCAGCACAGUCUGAGAAUAAAAUGCUACGGAAUGCAUUGCUCUCGGCACGAAAACGAGUUCUCGGACUGAGCACAGCACUUUCAAACGUGGCAGAUUCCAUUGGUGCAAGUUUGCGAUUAGGACCGCCCUAUGAUUUAGAGUCGACGCUCCCGAACCUGGACGGGAGCGGCGAAUCCGAACUGUUGCAAGAAAAUCGACAUGAAGCACCGAGCUUUGGGAGGUUGAAUGAAAUCAGAGCAGAUGAUGAACCCGAGGCCGUAGCGGCUAUCCCGUCUGGGAACAAAGUCAAUGUUUCCACCCCUGAUACAUAUUGCCUUGAAAAUGGUGAGGCCCAAAGAUCCGACAUAGAUAAUCUCAACUGGCUGCUGGGGGCCAAAAGCCCCUUCCCUAUGGCCGGUGAAAAUGUCGCUUCAACAAGAAGUAUGGCGACAGAUGCCUUCGACGAGGUCUUCAGAGCAACUCACACACUACGUGCUGGCAACAGUUUUGAUUUUUUUGAACCAGAAAUUGGGGAUCUCAACCGAACCCACACAUAUAUUCUGUCUCAAACAGGCACAUUUUCACCACCUGGAAACGCCAAUUUCUCUUCUGUAUUCUCCAGCCAUCUCGCUGCAUGUGAAUACUUUAUCAAACAAAGCAAAGCGUACAAGCUUCGGCACCGAGACGGAGGAAGUGAAAUCCUUUCGAAACUAGUAUCAAACAUGGUUUCUAUGUUUGUGAAUACUGCCUGGCCGGAAAUGCGGGUCUGGUGGGCAUACAUGACUGCUUCUGCUUCCGUCGAAAGAAUUAUCCGUUGGCGGCUGGAACCGUGCUCAGAAAGUUAUCUGGCAUUAUUCCCUUGCCACCGACCUACCGCCAUGCAGCUAUGCUCUGUGUACCCGUCAAUAAUCGAUUGGGUUUUCUUCCCAUCAAUCAGAGACAAGCUGAUUGAAGUCUAUUCUCACAGUUGGAUGCUUGAUGAGAUAAUAUGCGAGAUGUCUGCGGCUCUCGUGGUUGAAUCGGAGCUUUCUGGUAUACUGCUCGGACAACGAGAAGGGCUACCUCGUCAGGGGUACUUCCGAAUCUGGGACCUUGUACAAACAAUCUCUAGAGAUGAGCGAGAGACCAGAUUUGGCCUCAUGCCUUACACAGCACCCGAUGAAGGCUUCGGCCACAUACAGGAAUGGGCUGCUGAUUCUGAAAGUCCGUACCAUAUUGAUCAAGAUGACGACGAAGAGCAAUGGACACCGAUGCUGCUGGAAGAUAUUUUUCUGUCCAAGAAAGCUGCCUUGAAACUCUUCAAGUUGCUUCGAAUGAAUGACCGGCAACGGGUGAAGCUGGACCCCGUCUUCGCAGUCACGUAUCCUGCGAUCUGUCAGGAUCAUAGCAUCUUCGCCAAGGGUUUAGACUGCACCAAGAAGAGUGGCGAGAAAGUGUCUCUACCGAGGCCACUCACAAGGGAAGUUAUAUUGAACUACAAAAUGAUGCUGUGGAGAGGAUCUACCUAA